GUUUGAAAGUGUGUGCUUAGAAUGUUUUUAAUUAAGAUCGAAUCCAAAAGUAAGGUCUGAAAAGGAGCAUUUCUUCCAGUUCUCUGCGGGUGUAUAGUGUUGCAAAAAAAGCAGCAAAUUGUGCAAAACGAUAAAACAUAUCCGUGUGCUGGUGGUUGAUUUAUGAAUGCAUUGAAAGUUCGAUUGUGCGCAUAAAACUAAACAAACUGCUAGUUAUCACACCCGCAAUCCGGUCAACAGGAUGGAAGCUGAAAUGGAUGAAAUCAUCGCCGGGUUAAAGAAUGCAACGCUGGAGAAAAGUUCUGAACGUGCCCUACCGUUGCUGAAGCAACUAUCCGAUGCGGAAACGAACCUCUGUGAUAAAUACGAUAUUAAGAACGAUUUGCUGGAGCUGCUGCAGCUGCCCGAUGCUGGCGUGCAGAUACAGGUGGCCCGUUGCAUUGCCGAGGUGGCCAAAACCGAACAUCAGCGAACCAAGUUUUCCAAGGAAGACAUCAUCCGGCGGCUGACAGAGCUACUGCAAAGCCCGGCAGCGCAGGGCGUAGGCAACGCAACCGAUCGCGCCGCCCUCGAGCUGGCGACGCAAAUUUGCCGCGCCCUGGGCAACAUCUGCUACGCGAACGACGAGGCGCGAAACAUUAUCAAAGAGCUCGGUGCCGAUGAACGGUUUUUCGCGCUGCUCGAUUACGACGUCGAUACGGACGACGAGGACCGGGAACAGUUUGUGCGCGUUCGCUGUGGGCUCAUUUCGAACUACCUGCUGGGCAGUGACGAGAUUGCCGAGCGAGCGGUCGAGCUAAAGCUGAUCGAUCGGCUGGAGCGAAUCCUGACGCGCUGCCUGUGCGAUGUGGACCGGCACGAGGAGCUGCUGCUGAGCAUACUGCCGCUCAGCAUCCUGACCGAGCAGAUCAGCGAUCUCUACUUUGCGCCGUCGCUGAACAAAACGAUCGCGCAGAUUUUGGCCAAAUGCACCAACCCGGACAUUGCCGAGUCGUGUCUCGCGCUGCUACACUACGAGGCGCAAAACGAUGACGUGAAGCUGCUGCUGGCAGAGGAGGGGCUGUGCGAAACGAUCUACCAGCUGCUGGAAAAGUACAAAACGUUCGCCAACACGGACGAGGCACGCGUACUUAUGAAGCUGGCCUGCGACUUGAUUGUGCUGAUACUGACGGGAGACAAAUCGAUGCACUAUCUGUACUCAACGCCACUCUUGAAGUGCAUGGAAGAUUGGCUAGAUUCGUCCGACGUAGAACUGCUAACAACCGGCGUGCUUGCGCUUGGAAACUUUGCCCGAACGGACAGCCACUGCAUUCAUAUGGUGGAGAACAAAAUUAUGCACAAACUGCUAGCUAUUUUGGCUAAAAAUAAUGGAACGGAACACCAGAUGACGCUUCAACAUGCGCUGUUAAGUACACUGAAAAACUUGGUUAUACCGAAACCAAAUAAGGCUGCCGUCAUAGAGGCUGGUUUGGUGGACAUUAUUUUACCAAUGCUGGAAAUACAUCAAGCGCCGGUAGUGUUCAAACUGCUCGGCACGCUACGAAUGACCGUCGACGGGCAAGAAAAUCUUGCCUCCCAGCUGUUGCAAAACGAAAAGCUAGUCAAGCAGCUGGUACAUUGGAGCCAAACGUCCGAAUUUACCGGCGUUCUGGGCGAGUCGUUACGGCUGAUGGCAUGGCUGAUCAAGCACGCCUACCAGCAGCGCGACAGCAGCGCAAAGGCACCGAUGGACGAUACGGGGCUGCGGAAGUUUGUCGCUAUCGAAGGCGCGGUCGCCAGUAUGGUCGGCAUGCUCGCCUCCACGCAUCUGGUGAUGCAAAACGAGGCCCUGAUUGCGUUGAGCAUUUUGACCACGCUUUACCACAGCAAGGCGGCGACCGAGAGCAACACGCUGGACGAGCUGCUGGUGCAGGCCGACGUCGGUGCCAAGCUUGCCGAGCAGAUCACGCUGAACGGUGAGUCGAUGACGAAGGAGCUGGUGGAAAACCUGCAAACGUUCGUAAAGCUGCUACGGUCGUCGAGCGACGCACUGGUGGCCCAUUUGCGCCAGCACAACAUCGAAGAGCUGCUAAAGACGAUACCGAGCUUGGUGGAAUACUGUACGCUUUGAAUGCAUUUUCCAGUGAAUCUAGCUUCUACUGGGGUGAUCACAACACCAUCUUACUUUACGGGGGGGGAAAAUAUGAUUUUCAUUUCACACGAUUUCCUUCGAUUUCACGCAAAGGUAACCGAUUUAUCAACGUUACGUUAUCAACCGAACGGGAACAGUCUUGCACAGGACCAGUGUUUGAUUUUCACCUGAAAGCAAUAGAGUUUUAGCCACAAAUGACGAUAUUGAUAGCGAUCCGUUGGUUGAAUAGAAUAGAUUGUUUGUGACAUUUUACAGCAAAUGACAUUAUCGUACCAUUCUAUAUACCAUUCUAUGACAAUCUGCAUUAAAACGAGGAAUCUACUUUUAGAUUUGGGUAAACACAUUUUAGUUUACUAGCAGGCGUGCAAAUGGGAAUAUUAGGGCCAAAUACUUGAUUAUGAAACCAAUCGUACUUCUACCACUACAUCUAUCCCCCUUUUAAUACAAUAUGAAUCCGAUCAGCACACAACGGAUGGCAAGUGGCAAACAAAAAAAAAUGCAUUUAACAGUUUUCUAGCCCAAUUUGGUUUGUUUGCAAAGCAUCAAACACCGAUCACCCGAUGUUGGGAGACAUUUUCAAGAGCAAUUUAUAAUGUAAGCUUUAAUUUACAUAAACACCCAGCAUGGAUAGGAUUAGCAAUUAAGAACAAAAGCGUGUAUUUUGAGCAUUGACACAUAAGAAGCAACAACCGUUCGUUCACUCGGCGUGAAUAAAAAAAAAAACAAUACUUAACCAAUGAUAAAAUAAGCUAUUAAGCGAUAAAAAUGACAGUUCAGUUUCUUAAGAUACAUGAGAUCUAGUGAAAAAUGAGACGCACAGCAUUACAAAACACACACACACAUCGACAAGAAAUUCACACACACGCAGCUUCUCGAUUUGUGCAACAAAAACACAAAGCAUUAACCUCUAGUGAGCAGCAAACAGCAGCAACAAGUAGAGAACAAAGUGAGAUAUUUUGAGCCGUGCUAGCAGUUUUAUCUCUUUUUGGGCAUUUGAGCGUGUAGAGUAUUGCAAGGUAAACAUCCAGUUUUUAAUAGUGUGUAAGAGAUAUCAUAUUUAAAGUGGCAUUACCUCGAUUCGAUCAACCAGUUAUAUUCACUUUACAGUGAAAAAUGAUGAUAAGCGUUUACCGAGCGAGUGGUUUAGGUAUGUUGGGGCAGAGGUGAAAGUGCAGAUAAAAGUGCACGUGAGCAGCAAUAGCCGCAAUCGUCGUAGCUUGUUGUUGACACCGCGUAAUGAGCUAAAUCGUAAAAAUAUAUAUAUAUAUAUAUUUGCUUGCGUAAGAAAACAAAAACUCUCGAAAACAAUUAUGCUUUGCUAGAAAAACAACUGAACGCACUGAUCUUAAUAAUAGAAAAUUUGAAAAAUUAUGUUGCGCAAAUUCAUCACGCCUCUGUGUUAGGAUCCCCAUUUCAUUGAAUUCUAACGCAACAACGAUAAUUAUCCAAUAAUGUGUAUGAUCAUCACAUUGCUUUGGGCAUUUAUACCAAUGGCCAAGCUGUAGUAUCCCCCAAUGGCAACAACAUUGGUUCGCCUACGGCACCAUCUCGCCAACCCCUGAAAAAGAGUCCGUUAUAGAUAGCAGAGAUAUUUAGCGUCUACGUAGGAGUGUUCCCCGGUAAAGUAAACAAAAUCAUACGUCAACAGUAUUUUACUGCAUUUAACUAUCUUAACGUAACACACACAAACCAAGUCUAAGUGCAUCAACCAUUGUGCAAAUGUGUAUGCAAAAGUGCAUAGUGGACGAGCACGGAACAUUUUUUCGGUAGUGUUGGGGCAAGUCCUCUAUCCUUCAUACACAAACACACAUGGCAUACAAAUCUUGUUGCGAGCAAAUCAACAAAUAGUAAAAAUACCGAUAUAGGAAAUAUGCAAAUGGUAAGCAAUGUUUUUUCAACGAUGAAUUUAAACAAACCACAAAUACUCCGACGAUUAUAUUAGUAUGAGCAGUUGAGAGCAACACCGGAUCGAUAGUUGAGAAAUAAUAGCACAAAAGCAACGAUAAGUUAAAAUGUUUGAGCUAAGAAAAGCAAAAAGAAAGAGUCUUUUAUCUAACUGUUCAGUGAAUUCAACUUUUCUCUAAACUGCUGCUGCUACGGUACUGCUGCAACGCGAGCACAUUUUUCCGAGCAGAAUCAAGAUUUUUCAAACUGACAUUUUCAUCUCCAACUUUCUCCGCUGUGUAGAGUUGAGUAACUUGUUUGAAAUCCCGUAACCUACUUUGAACUACUGUUACAUAUGACGCAUGUGUAGUACAUUUAUGUAGUAACGCGUCCACCGAACCAGAUAGAAAUUUUACAAAGAAACCUCCACUUCACAGAAAAGCGCACAAACGCAAAGAUCCCGUUAGUAGAAUGACAAAAAAAAAUCAACCACAACCUAACGGCCCCCAUAUAAUGCGAUAAAGCGCAGCCUUUUUAGCACUGUUGCUAGAAAGGGCAGCGUGAAACAGUACAGUUUAACAACAACAAAAAACGAAAGAAAAAAUAGUCAGUAAAAAGUGAUGAAAAUAGGGCAAUACGAGUGUUAAAAUAAUAAUAAUAAUAAAAAUGAAAUAAUAAUAAUAAUAAUUAACACUAAUAAUCAAACAUACAUACAAAUGCAAACAUUAUGUGAUGUUUCUUUUUUCACUAGAACUAUAGUGUGCAAACAGCGCAGCAAAGAAACCGUGUGCCCGGGGCUAAGAGAGAUUGUCUGUUUCACGUGCGUAGGCACACAUAUUUUGUAUUAGCACUUUCCUACUAUUGUAUAAUUUAUUUUCUAACUUAUUCGGCUUAAUAAAUUUUUUAAAAUACUUCACAA